GUAACAGAAAGAAAGUAAGAGACAGAAGAGAUCGUGGCGCCACUUUCAGAGCUGUAUAAAUAUAGUGAAGAGUACUUCCCGGGACUGUACGUAAAGAAACAAAAGGAAAGGGGACUGCAAUCCACAGCAAUGAAUGACAUCAAACUGGCCCUGUUGGGCAGUGAGGGAGCAGGCAAAUCUGCGGUGCUGGUGAGAUUCUUGACCAAAAGAUUCAUAGGAGAAUAUGCAUCAAAUUCCAACUCCUUAUACCAUAAAAGGCUUUCAAUUGAUGGAAGACAGUUAAACUUGGAAGUCUUUGAUCCAUGCUCGCAGAGUGGAGAAAGCAGAUGUAUCUUGGAGGAACCAGUAGACUGGGCUGAUGGCUUUGUGGUGGUCUACAACAUCAGCGACCGCACGUCUUUCCUAAAUGCCAAAAACAUCUUGGCGCAGAUCAAAGAGAGCCGUCGGGAGACCUGUAAAGGGGAGGUUCCUGUCUGCCUGGUGGGUAACAAGCAAGACCUAUGUCACAGCCGUCAAGUGAGUGAGGAGGAAGGCCGUUUCCUGGCCCACGAAAACAAAUGCCUCUUCCAGGAGGUGUCAGCGGCUGAGAACUACCUGGAGAUUGCCAACCUCUUCACGAAACUCAUCCGCCAUGUAAUGGAACAGCUGAAGCACAGAGGCGACCGCAGGCGAUACAGUGGCUCCAAGUCCAUGGCCAAACUCAUUAACAAUGUCUUUGGCAAGAGGAGAAAGUCGGUUUGAGUGCAGAACAUACAACAAAGAGCCCAGAAAAGAACUUGAGUCUGUCUCCAUUUUAUCAGUAACGGAGUUAUGUCCAUGUUAACCUACAAGUAAUCUUGUAGGAACGGCCUUACAAACUGCAUUUCAAAUGGGUACUGAUAAGACAUCCCAUGUAGAAGAGAACCUCAUAACCUACAAAAUAUUAUUAGUGAGGGUAAAGGGUUGGCAAGUUAUAUGCAUGAGCUAUAAAUAGUGUUAGAGUAAACAUGACAAAUAAAUGCAUGCGUUUAUACAACCACAUUGGGUUUACCGUAUUAGCUCAUUAAAGUAGCUGUCACAGUGCCUCAUGACAUAUUUUACACCAUCAUUCUUUGCAUUUUAUACUCAUGAAUUCUAAAUAGGUUUUUAUUUAGUAGAGAGAUAAAUCCUUGUCUCAUUAUUUACACGUACUGAUGAUCUUUCUUGUAUAAUUGUCCGACAAGUAGAAAAAACAAAGCAAUUUACCCUGAAAUAUAUUGAAUUUUUCUUUGACACAUGCAGAUGUUUUGGUGAUAUUUUGAAUAACAUUUGAGAAUGAUAGUGAAUGCUUUCAAACACUUUCUUCAAAGGGUAACACGCAUCCCCCCCCCCUGAAAUUCCAAAGUUGUUUUAAUGGCGUGAGACUGAGUUUGCAUUAAGGAAUGCACAACAAAGUCUGAGGGAAUUUAAUUUAUCUAGAUGAGUUAUAAAUUGCCAGUAAAUUAUUUUUCUAACAAAAAGGACCUAAAACAAAACUCUUGCAUUCCUUCUAUGGCAUUGUCAUGCUUUACUUUUGUAUUUAAUUGCAUUUAUAAGACAAAAAUGGACUGCAGGAUUACUUAGAUUUCUGUGUCAUUUAUUCAAAGAAUGCAGGCUCCUCUUAAGCCAUGACAAUAACAGCCAAAACACAAGUGUAUAGAUCACAUUGUUUUAAGGUCUUAUUUCCGUGCCACUAGUGGCACCAAAGGAGAUAGCAAAAUAUAAACUUUUGUUUUAUACUUCUGUCUUAUUGCUUGCCAAACAGAUGCCAUUUCACGUUUGUCAGACUGUUUGCAAUGUUCACAAUGUUUCCACAUACUGUUUACAUACCAAUAUAUUUUAUUUGAGUGUGCACAUAAGGCUGUGAUACGCAACAUUAUUUCAACAAGCGAAAAAUGGCAUGCAGAAUUCUUUAAAAAAAUCACAGUAUAUUGAAAGAAAUUUGUAAACCUUUGAGCUAGUCUUUCUCCAAAGGCUAAUUGGACUCAGUCAA